CCAAAGCCUGUAGGAUGUAUAAUUGUAACAGUUAACGAGAGCUCACUGUUGUCACAGCGUUCGGCGCUUUCCAGCACUGUGCCUUUUCAAAACAAAAAAUAGACGCCAUGGAAGGUUUAUCGCUGCAGCAGUUGCUCGAUUUGCAGAACAUCCAAAAGGAGUUGAACAGCAACAAGGACGCCUACUUAAAGACCUACCGCCAAGUUUUGAAACAGAAAUUCAGAACGGAACUCAACAAUUUGGUUCGGGCCGAUUUCAACAUAGUAAAAUCCGAGUUGAAAGUUCCACAACUACCGCCCCUUCCCAUCGAAGACGAGGAAAUUCCAUCCAAAAUACAGAUUAGCGACAUAGUGAAGGACUACGACUUCACCAGGGACUGUUUGUCCUUGCUGUAGGACUGCUCCGAUCGAUCCUUGGUGCUGUUUAGCCAAUAUCCAUGCAGCACGCGAUAUGUGUGCUGCAGACACUCAAAGGAUGGGGAUUGGCUCUGGAAAUAAAGAGCAGUGACGUUAGAACAAGGAUAAUGAAAUCAGACAAGUACUCACAUUGAAAAGGGGUACAAUGGGCCGUUUCUUGAACAGGCUCCCUUUCGUUCGUAAUAUCAGCAUGUACUUCACGUCCAACUAUUAGCGAAAUAGAAUAAAAAUCACAUAAUUAAUCAGUAAA